CACGCAUGCCAAGGCACUGCCAUGGCAGUGGAUGUCUGCCUGAGUAUUCCGUCCUCUAGUACUCCACCCUCAGACGAGCAGUGGAGUCCCCUACCGCUUCAUGGAGUCAGUCAGAACCCCCCGGGCGAAUUACACGUUGGUCGGGGAGGUGAUACGUCAUGUCAUACCUGGAGCCACACAGUGCUCCAUAGGGUGUGGAGGUCUGAACUGCAAGUAUGAGGACCCUGACUGCUGGAGCGAGGACGAGCAGGCCAUCAAAGGCCUCUACUCCUCCUGGGUCACAGAGAACCUACUUGCCAUGGCCAGGCCCUCUACUGCAUUAAUAGAAAAGUACAACAUCAUUGACCAAUUUAAAAGAUGUGGCCUAAAGACCGUGAUAAACCUGCAGAGACCAGGGGAACACGCCAGCUGUGGUCCCAACACACUGGAACCAGAGAGUGGAUUCUCCUACCGACCUGAGGUGUUCAUGGAGAAUGAUAUAUAUUUCUAUAACUUUGGAUGGAAUGACUACGGGGUGGCCUCCCUCACAUCCAUCCUGGACAUGGUGAAAGUCAUGUCCUUUGCGAUGCAGGAGGGGAAAAUGUCUGUCCACUGUCAUGCUGGUCUGGGAAGAACAGGUGUGUUGUUAGCGUGUUACCUGGUCUUCGCCACCAGGAUGACCGCUGACCAGGCCAUCGUGUUUGUACGUUCUAAACGUCCCAACUCCAUCCAAACCAGAGGUCAGCUGUAUUGCGUGCGGGAGUUUGCCCAGUUCCUGGUCCCCAUCAGGAGUAUUUUCUCCUGCGCUGAGCCCAGGACUAACCCAGUCACCCUGUCCCAGUUCCUGACCCGCCAGAGACACAUGCUGCACGGCUAUGAGCGACGGGAGCUCAGGCACCUGCCCAAGAUCAUCCAUGUGAUCUGCAAGCUGCUGCUGGACAUCGCUGAGCACCGUCAGGUUAUCGAGGAGGACAUGCUGGACGUCAAUGACAUGACCGCCGAGGAGGAGAUGGAGUUUGAGCGCUACUACGACUUUGGCUUCACCAAGGGUAGCUUCGGGGGAGGCAGCAUGGGGGACCGGCCCCGCUUACCGGGACCCCCAACGAAACACCGACACGCCAACGAACCGGCCCUCUUCUACCACCGCAAGAGUCUGAGCUACAGCGAGUCGGACGUGCAGAGGCUAGGCUCUGAACUCCACCUGCUGACCCAACCUCUCUCCAACUUUCUGUCCGCUAGCAACGUGCCUGUGGCCUGUUCUCCCUCCCUGAACUCCCUGCAUAGAACCCUGGCCACGGUCAGCCCUGUCACCACCACGUACAGCUCCCAAAAUGGAUCCUUACCCCAUGGGUCCCUCUGGGAGCAGAAGAGCCUGGCGGAGGGAUCCCCACUCCUAAAGAAGAGGCAGAAAGCCUGCCAGAGCAGCGAGUCUGAGUGCCACCCUAAGCAGAAAACGUUUGGCAGCAUGUUGUUUAGGUGGAGGAAGAAGCAGAGGGAGAUGUUAGAGAAAAAUGAGAAUGUGUCCCAGGUGUUUCAGAUAGAGGAGUCAGAGGUGCCCUUCAUCACCAUCCAGACAGAGCUGUCCAAGGAGGCCAGGCGGGUGCUGGUGGCCCAGGCCCUGGCUGUGGAUCUGGAGCUGGAUGGAGAGGAGGAACACAGGGAGAGACUCCACGCCUGGCAGUCCGGGUUAAACAUGGGAGGGGCGUGGGAGAGGCUGUGUACAUUGGAGAAGGACCCGUUUGUGCUCUCUGGGCUGAUGUGGACCUGGCUGGAGCAGCUGAAGGAGCCAGUCAUCUCCGUCAGAGAUGUACAGAAACUGGACCUUAACGACAGUGACCCUGCAAACCCAGAGGCUGUCUUCAAACCACUGGACCAGGCUCCCAGGGAGAUGUUGAUGUGCAUUCUGGACUGUAUGGCUCAUGUUCUCACAAUACCAGAAGAGGUGGAGGCUGCUUUCCUGGAGCGCACCAUCAAGGCUUUCACCAAGAUGGGACAAUGCUCAGCGGUGUAUCCGGCCAUGACAGAGAUCCUCAGGCUGGUCCUACAUGACAUGAGGUUUAUAGCCAUAGAGGAGGAUGAGGUACCAUUUAUGCCUCCUGGCCCCAUUAUGCUGACCCCAUAGCCCUGCUGGAUUCUGUUCCAGACUGUCCCUAUGUAGAGACUUGUUAUAUAUUAAACAGCCAUAUACAGUGGCAAGAAAAAGUAUGUGAACCCUUUGGAAUUACCUGGACUUC